UGGGAUAGUCAAUUAGUCAUAGUAAUGCAUCAAAACUCAAAAGUCCUAAAAUUUAAAAAUCUUACUAGUCAGUAGUGAUCUCAUUUCUCUGUUUUGCGCAACAAUGGCGGGCACAACCUUCCCACAACUCCCAAUUUCAAACCUCCCAAAAGUCCUACUUUUACGACCCCCACCAAUUUACCUCCGCUAUGAAACCCAAUUCUCUCUCCAUUUCAACUUCCUCAAAGCCUACGAUUCUCCACUCUCUCUCCCGGAAUUUCUCUCCGCCACCAAUUCCUCCGCCGUAACCGCCAUGUUCGUCACCAACCUCGGACCUCCGAUCACCGCCUCCACCGUCCUCGACCACCUCCCUUCUCUCCGUUGCAUCGUAUCCUCCACCAUUGGAGUUGAUUUCAUCGACCUCGACGAAUGUCGCCGCCGCAAAAUUACCGUCGCAAAUGCAUCCGACGUUUUCGCCGCUGACUGCGCUGAUUCUGCUGUUGCGCUUUUAAUUGACGUCCUUCGGAAGAUUUCUGCGGCUGAUCGUUUCGUUCGCAGUGGAAAUUGGAGCAUUUUAGGUGAUUAUCCGUUGGGUAAUCGGUUGGGACGCAAAAAAAUAGGGAUUGUUGGUCUGGGAAGCAUUGGCUCCCAAGUUGCAAAAAGGCUUGCAGCAUUCAAUUGCAGCAUACUAUACACUUCAAGGACAAAGAAGCCUUCUGUUCCAUACUCAUUUUACUCGGAUGUCUACGAACUGGCUGCUAAUAGUGAUGUUCUUGUGCUAUGUUGCCCAUUAACUGAUGAAACGAGGCAUUUGAUAAAUAAGGAAGUACUAUCGGCACUGGGAAAGGAAGGGGUGGUCAUCAAUAUUGCUCGUGGGUCUGUAGUUGAUGAGAAAGAACUGGUAAGAUUUUUACUGGAAGGCCAAAUAGCAGGUGCUGGGAUGGACGUUUUUGAAAAUGAGCCUAGUGUCCCCAAGGAGCUGUUGGCAUUAGACAAUGUUGUUUUAUCACCUCAUCUUGCUGCUUGCACGGAGGAGGCCUUCGAUGAUCUGUAUGAACAUGUCAAAGAAAACCUACAAGCUUUCUUCUCGAAUAACCCACUACGUUCUCCAAUUGUCUGAUUGAUUACACGUCACCAAUUUUCAUGCAGUGAAGAGGUGGGUGCUGACUACUGGCUGCUGACUGCUAAUUACUUUCCAAUCCAUGGAGUUGAUGAAAAUGAAGUAUAUGUCAACCAAUCUGUCUUCAUUAUGACUUGAGGAGCCUGUAUUAAUUCUUGGAGUUUGAACGUCUUUCUAGAGCCAAGAACAAUGACAGUUCCAUUGGAACGUUGUAUGGUCAAAAAUUUCUUCUAUAUAAAGAAGUUUGCUGGAAUAUUGAUAUUUGGUUUGGAACCUACUUAACAGACCUUAAGCUAGAAACUAGGAGUAUGAAUUUGCUGAACUUCUUCAAUGUCUGUAAACUAAUCCAAUGUAGCACAUUUAUCCUGCAGCCUGCAGGUACCAUCAUUUUUUGAUGCCGAGUUUUGUCUGUCUUGAGAGACUCCACUUGAUACUAUUAUGGAUGUGUGAUUUCACAAUCCUCUUUUCGAUUUCCGCGUUCCAUUUUCUUUCUACGUCGGUGUCCCUAUCAGGAGAGCAAAAAUCAGCAAUCAAUCUUUAUGCUGUUGAAGAUGGAGGCUGUUCAUCAUUUCUAAGCUGCCCAGAGUUGAAUUGUGCUUGUCUUCUUUCAGGAGUCGAGUGAGUGAAGUGAAGAUUUGAUUCUUGUAUUAGAUGCUAAGAGUAAACUCGUGUAUAUGAGCAAACUAUAAGUCUAUAACUAGAGGUUGCACUUGUUACUAAUUUUUCUC